GCAACAUGUGACCCGAAAAGAGACACCGCGCCCAAGCCUAUCACUGGCAGUCUCCUUGGGUGAUGUCCUAAUGCUACGGCCAUCGUCUAGGGCGUUGUCUUGGGUUUCUGAGGGUUGCUAUGUUAUACUUGUCCUAGUCACUGGUUGGUUCUUCGCCAUCUCAUGCGUUGCUCUCCUCUCGCAAGCCGUGAGGACCUCACCUACUCGAUCAUGGACGGAUAACUACACCGCGGUUGUCAUCGGCGCAACUUAUUUCAUUGUGCUGGUUGCGUCUUUAUCUUUUUGUAUAAAACGCAGAAUUGCUGUGAGAAGGAGGUUACAGAGAAUCUCCAAGGCGUAUAGUGGAAUUCAGGAGAAUAUUCCAAAGACAGUUCAUGAAUACAUCUCUCAAGAAUAUGUGCGCGCCUGUUUAGUAUCAUAUGAAUCUCAGCCUGUAAGUGCUAUUCACGAGGGUUGGGGAAGACCAGGAACCCAGUACAGCGGUAUGCGGUUCCGCCGCACCUUGUUGGACACCAUAUCGGAUAUUGAUUCUCGGGCACAUCUCAUCAUCCCAAGCCAUCCUACGCUGAAGCCUCAUUCCCGCAUGUUACACCACUUCAGGUUUAUAAUGCCAUUGCUACCCAAGGAUGAAGGCGGAAUUACUGCCUUGCAUUACUACGAUUCUGCCAUCUCGCUCGCCAGAGUGUCGGAUAGAGAGCCGACAGAGCAAGAAUUUAAAAUUGGUUUGGCAGCUGCAGAAGAGAUCAGACAGAUUUUGGACGAGUGUCGACUAGAGAUGAUGAGGACACCAGGAUUGAAAUAAAUACACUCAAAUUCAAUGUUUAUAAUACACUUAUCAACUGCAACAGAAAUUACGAUAGCAAUAAUUGAGUGUAAUGUAUUUCUGUUCUCCUUUGGAGUGG